AUGUCUUCGUCCCUCACAUAUCUCAUCACCGGUGCUAACCGUGGCAUCGGCAAAGGCUUCACCUCAACUCUCCUCCAACGUCCCAACACCACCGUCAUUGCUGGAGUCCGAGACGUCGCCAAGUCGACUUCCGCACUCGAAUCCCUUCCUAAGGCUUCAGGAUCGAAGCUCAUCAUUGUCAAGAUUGACUCCUCCGACGAAGCGGACCCCAAGAAUGCUGUCGCCGAACUUCAAUCCAAGCAUGGUAUCACCUCGCUCGAUGUUGUGAUCGCCAAUGCCGGAAUUGCACACUCAGGUACUACCAUCGUCAACACCUCACCUGACGCGCUCCGCGAUCACUUUGCCGUCAACACCAUCGGCCCCAUUCUUCUCUUCCAGGCCGUCAAGCCCCUGCUACAAGCCAGCAAGUCCGGCAACCCCAUCUACCUCGGAAUUUCCACUGUAAUUAGCAGCAUGGGCGCUCAAGCAAUGCUCGCUGGAUUCCCGCAGGUUUUCAGCCCAUACGGUGCUAGUAAGGCGGCGUUGAACUGGGCUUUCGCUAGGAUCCAUUUCGAAGAAUCUUGGUUGACAUCGUAUGUCACCCACCCUGGCUUGGUCAUGACGGAUAUGGGUAGCGCUAUGGCCGAUCCCGAAGCGCUUAAGGCUGCGGGCGCUAUCACAGUUGAGCAGAGUGUAAAUGGUGUUUUGAGCACGCUGGAUAAGGCGGAUAGAAACCUUUCUGGGACUUUCCAGAACUGGGAUGGAACCACUCUACCAUGGUAA